GACUUUCUUUUUUUUGCAGAAUUUUCAUUUUACUUCACAUACCAACAACGAUGGCUUCAGCAAAUGACAGAGCUGUUCUUCAAGCCAUAUUCAACCCCACCAGCCCCUUUGGAGACGUCCCCGGUAUCAACCAGGAGGAAGAAUUAUUUGAUGAUGACAGCGGUUUUGACGCAGAGCUGCUGAAGCGAGUGAAAGAGCUGGAGAUGCGGGGCGUCUCGGCAGCAGAGGCUGGGGAUUUGCAGGGUGCACUUCAGCUGUUCAGCCAGGCAGUCCACAUCCUGCCUGAGCGAGCGUCUGCCUACAACAACCGAGCGCAGGCCCUGCGGCUGCAGGGGGACACCACAGGAGCCUUGCAGGAUCUGGACAGAGCCAUUGUCCUGAGCGGCGGCGGCGGGCGGACCGGCUGCCAGGCGCUGGUGCAAAGAGGCCUCCUGCGGAGAUUAGGGUGCCAGACGGAUGAAGCCCGGGCAGAUUUUGAGAAAGCAGCUUCUCUCGGAAGCGAAUUUGCCCGACAGCAGGCCGUGCUUCUUAAUCCGUAUGCCGCCUUGUGCAACAAGAUGCUGUCCGAGGUGAUCAACAAACUCCGCAACCCCAACAUGUCAGAGGCGCAGUAGCUGAUGGAGAUGACUCAAACACUUCUCUUCUGAAUCUGAAAUAAAUGUUUUUUUCUUUCUA